CCUAAACACAGCUUGGUCGGUUCAGUGUUAUCCGAGGCCAAGGCAGGUUAGAGGAGCGUGUGUUGGAUGUUUCACCGGCUGGAGGACGACCCGCUGUGACAGAAGACUGUUGAACACCGAUUUGACAUGAGCAGGGUGCCCUGACAUGGACAAAGAGAUGAUUCCCAAAUUUUCGUCAAAGGAUGAGGAAGUUGAUUACUGGAAGUCCCAAGCCCUCAAAUAUAAGAAAAGUUGCCACGAUGCCCAGGAGGAGCUGCAGGAGUUCCAGGAAGGGAGCCGGGAGCUGGAGGCAGAGUUGGAGGCACAGCUUGGCCAGGCCGAACACCGCCUUCGAGACCUCCAAAGUGAAAACGAGAGACUGAAGAACGAAAUGUCAAACCUCAAGGAGAAGCUGGAGCAGCAGUAUGCCCAGAGUUAUAAACAGAUAUCUAUGCUGGAGGAUGACCUGGGCCAGACGCGCAGCAUCAAGGAGCAGCUCCACAAAUAUGUCCGAGAGCUUGAGCAGGCCAACGAUGACCUGGAGAGAGCCAAAAGGGCAACAAUAGUGUCUCUUGAGGACUUUGAGGGCCGUUUAAACCAGGCCAUUGAGAGAAACGCCUUCCUGGAAAGCGAGCUGGAUGAGAAGGAGUCUCUGCUAGUAUCUGUGCAGCGGCUGAAAGAUGAAGCACGAGACCUGAGACAGGAGCUGGCAGUGCGGGAGCGGACCACAGACAGGAUGUCGGCACCCAGCUCACCCACCUUAGACAUCGACAAGAUGGAUUCUGCAGUGCAGGCCUCUUUAUCCCUUCCAGCCACACCUGUCGGAAAGAACAUAGAGCAUCCCUUCAUCAGUCCAAAAGCAUUCACCAAUGGUUGUGGCAACUCGUCCCUCACUCCCUCCGCUAGAAUCUCAGCUCUUAAUAUUGUCGGUGAUCUCCUGAGGAAAGUUGGGGCUUUGGAGUCCAAACUCGCUGCCUGCAGGAACUUUGCCAAAGACCAGGCAGCAAGAAAAAAUUUCUCCAAAGACAACGGCGCUCUCAUCAACAGCAACGCCACCAAGUUCUCUCACUCUCUACACACCACUUACUUUGACAAAACGACUGUUAAUGGCUUGGACCCCAGCGCCAUCACCUCCAUGGCAGCAUCCAGAGCCGUGUCUCCACCAGGCAUGCUGCCUCUGAGUGUGUGAGGCGUCCCCAUGCCACAUGAACCUCUACUGAAACUGCUAUCGACCCAACACAAAAACAGUGAGGACACUUGAAAACCAUUACAUUGCGUGCUGUGCGUGUGUAUGUGUGUGUGUGUGUGUGUGAGAAAGAGACAGUGUUUGAAAGGAAGAGUGAUGCGUGUGUUUUGCCUGUUUGGGAUUGUGCAUUUUUGAACGUGAUCUGUGGAGGAGGGUGUUCGCAGCUCUAAAUGCAUCUGUGUGUAGGUGCACAGCCACAUGUGCAUACGGCCCUACCACAUACUUGCAUGUGCCUAAAGCUGUACAGUACUGUGCUUGUAUGAAUGUCACGACAAAUGCGUUGCUCUCUAGAUGUCAACUCUGAAGUGGCGGCGUUAUAUUCUCAGUUCCACUGUUCAGCUGAAAAGCUACUAUCCCUGACAAAAGGUCUCCAACAGGCCACAGCUUCUUUCUUUUCCUCUUGUACUUUCACUUAAAUUGCACAGUUAAACUAUUUUCAAUUUAGAAUGUAUUAUAUUUAAAAAGGGAUAUGUUCAUAUGAGCUUAUUUAUCUCACAGUAUGCUUUAAAAUGCAAUGUUUCUUAUUUGCAAUUGUCUUGCAUGUGUGCAAAUGUAAUGCGGGGCAGGCGAGGUAUAGUAGGAGCCCGUAGUCACGACUGAAUGUUGAUCGUUCAAAGCCAUGUAGCCAUAGUGCAGUCCUUCCACUUGUUACUGGCUACUUGCUGAAAUUCAUUUGGAAGCAGUCGUCAUGUUACAGCUUGGAAACACCAGCUGGUUCUGUCCACCUGGUCAAAUCCGCACUUAAGUCCAACUGCUCCUCACAUGUUUUGCUGCAGUUGAGUGUUUUUUCCUCCGUGGACAUCCACUGACAUUUCGAGGGAACAGUUUUGCCUUUUUUUUUUUUUUUUAUGUUUUAUGUAUAGAUUUUUUUUUUUAAUCUUGUGACAGGCUCAUUUACCUCAUUCUGAUGGUGGAUUUGUAAUAUGAGUAGAAUUUGGCUUUAUAAAACUCACACAAAAGGAUGCUUGAAUCAAAACAAAACUGUAGGAACCUUUUUCAGACUAUUUACUUGUUUGCUGGCGUACAUAAAUUCAUGGUCGGUUUGGCCUUUGUGUCAUGCAGCACAUUUGCUGAUAUUCUCUGUUGUUGUGUGAACCUCAUGUUAAUUUGACUGGAUUCUUGGAUUUUUAACAGGUUGGACAAUGCAACUAUUUUACAUCCCUGAAUUUUGUCUAAAUCCAUUUUGCCCUCAUAUUUCUCCCUUCCAUAGACCUUUGUGUCACCAUCCUACGUUGAUGCCUUUGGUAUUCAUUGUUAUUUGAUAAUAUGUAAUUUUGGGCACUCUUGUGAGCCUGUUACUAGAGUGUGUCCUACAGUCGAUGUAUAUAGCUUGUAAAGAUGGUAAUUUUGCCUACCACAUUUGUACAUACUGACAUUUGGCAUUAAGGUCCUAUUUAUUUCAGAUUCUGUAUGGCAUGUUCGGACAAUGACCGGUUAAAGCCGUUGUAUUAUGAUAUCAGAUUGUUUGUCAAAAUUGUUUAAGUAAAUAAAGAUUAAAAUUACAAAUGUGUUGCGUAGUUUGGAUCAUAUACUGUAUGCACUGCGAGGUCCACUUUUUUUUCUCCGUAUGUUCCACUGCUUUCAGUCAUAUCUAAUGGUCUUCAUCAGUGGAUGGAGUUUUCUCUCUCUCUGUUGUUGGCUGUCAAAAGUUCGAUACUCUUUUGAUACCACGUGUUUAAAACAAAGGGGUCUCUGUUCAUUAGAUAUUCAAUAGUUACCGAACUGUCAAUCAAUCGUCAAUCAUAUUUUCAACCCAAGGCUGCACAGAUUAAACACCAGGCAAUAAUUAUUGGAAUAUUUAUUGAAAAUGUUAUUUAAAAAAUAAUAAUUAUUACAAAUCUGCUUGUAUGUGUACACUGACUUUUUCUGCACCAACACCAUGC